AUGUGUGGAAUUAGUGGAUGGAUAGAUUGGUCAAAAGAUAUCUCAAACGAACAUGGGAUUAUAAAGAAAAUGAAUGAUAGCGUUAUUCAUAGAGGUCCAGAUGCAGAAGGUUUUUGGAGUUCAGAAAAUGCCCAGAUUGGUCAUAGAAGAUUAAUUGUAAUCGAUCCAGAAGGUGGCAAACAACCAAUGGUAUAUAAAAAUGAACGUACUGGUGCUUCGGUAGUUUUGACUUAUAAUGGAGAACUCUAUAACUUCAAAGAGUUAAAAGAAGAAUUAGUUAGCAAAGGACAUACAUUCAAGUCUUAUUCCGACACAGAGGUUAUAUUAAGAUCAUAUUUAGAAUGGAACGAAGAGUGUUUAAACCAUUUCAACGGUAUUUUUGCAUUUGCAAUUUAUGACGAAAGAAAAUCAACUCUAUUUUUAGCAAGAGACCACUUGGGCAUAAAGCCGCUAUUCUACUGUCUUAGAGGAAGAACCAUAUUGUUUGGAUCAGAGCUAAAAGUUCUGCUAAGCCACCCAAAAGUUAAACCUGUUUUAGAUACCAAUGGAUUAUGCGAAGUUUUAUUUCAUGGACCAGUUCGUACACCAGGUUGUGGUAUAUUUCAAGGUGUUUAUGAAGUACCAGGAGGCCAGUAUAUAGUAUUUUCGAAAACCAGAAACCAACAUGGCACUAUUAUAGUGAAGGCGGAUCACAGGGUAUAUUGGAAUUUAAAAAGCUCACCACACACUGACGAUGAAGAGACUACAGUUCAAAAAAUCAAAACAUUAUUAAGCGACUCAUUAAAAAGACAAUUAGUAUCCGAUGUACCUUUAGUUGCAAUGUUAUCAGGUGGUUUAGAUUCAAGCGGUUUAGUAUCCUUGGCGUCGGACGAAUUUAAAAAGAAUCAAGAAACAUUAAAAACAUUCUCAAUGACUUUUGAAAAUGAUGAAAAAGAUUUUAGACCUUCAGUUAUUCGUAUUGACAGAGACGAACCAUGGGCAAGAAAAGUAUCAGAGUACUGUAACACAAAUCAUCACACUGUAGAGCUUGGAGCACAGCAACUAUUGGACAACAUAUUAGAACCAAUGAGAGCAAGAGAUUUACCAGGAUAUGGUGAAGUAGAAACAUCAGUCUAUUUGUUAUUCAAAGAAAUGAAGAAAUUUGGUACAGUUGCAAUAUCAGGUGAAUGCAGUGACGAAAUUUUCUCUGGUUAUCAUCAAUGGUUUGCAAAUGAAAGAUAUCUUGGUUUUAAAAAUUUUCCAUGGCUAGAGAUUGCAUUUGCUGAAACUCAUUUAUAUUUAAAGAAGGAUGUGUUGUCAAAAUUAAACCGAACAAAAUUUUUACAAAAGAACUACAAAGAAUGUAUUAAAUCAAUACCAUAUUUAAAAGGUGAAAGCGAAUUGCAAUGUAAACAACGUAAACUUUCAUAUCUAUUCAUUAAAAGAUUUAUCCCAUUUGCAUUAGAUAGAAAGGAUCGUCUUAGCAUGAAGAGCGGCUUUGAAGUUAGAGUACCAUUUUCUGAUAAAGAACUAGUAGAGUAUGUUUGGAACUUACCAUAUAACUCCAAGGCAAUUGACAAUAUAGAAAAAGGAAUUUUACGUCGUGCACUUAAGGGUUUUUUACCAGAAGAUGCUCUUUAUAGACGUAAAAGUGGUUAUCCAAGUAUAUGCGAUAAUAAUUAUUUUUUCGGAUUAUGUGAUUUAAUGUUAAAAAUCAUUGACGAUGAAACAGCUCCAAUUCAUAAACUAUUUGACACUGAAAGAGUAUUAAACGACAUCAUUUCAAGAAGAGAUAAAAUAGAAAACAAUUUUCGUGAAAAGGUUUUAUUGGAUUAUCUAAUUCAAUUCAAUGCAUGGUUAAAAGAAUAUAAUAUUAUUUUAAAUUUUUAA